UACACACAGUCUGAUAAAUGGUCCGUUGUCAGGGCAAGCAGCUCAGGAUCAGAAUGGAGAUCAGGCAAGGGUCAAGUCAGACAGGAAAGUGUCCAAUCUAGAAGUCUGUACACAGAACAGGCAAGCUUUGCAUGAAACUAGCAUACUAGAACCUAUUAAUCAGGCUCCUUUCCAUGGCUUGUAGAGAUUAGAGUGCGUGCAUGAUGGCCCUACAAGAGCCAGAGAUAGUGUGUGAACACAUGACCUAUGGACAGAGAAGGUCAUUAUCGGCAGGAAGCAGGCCUCAGCUUGUGAGGGAGGACAGCGUUAUUCCAGCAGCCGGGACCACUGGGAAGGGAGAGAGGGAUGUCUGUGGGACUGGACCACUGGAUCCCUAAAGCUAUGGAGCAGCUUUUAAAUCUGGGUAAAGAUCUGAACAAUAUUAAGGCUGAAGAUACAUAUGUGAGGGGUGAUGAGCAGAUCAUAGAGGACAUUCCCACCGAUAACCACCCAGAUGACUGUACCAGGAGCUCUGAGAAACAUGUGAUGUCAGAUUUUAGAAGAGAUGAUUGUGGUGUCACAGAAGAUAUACAUGAAGAGCAUGCCAUUAUCUCAGAUGUAUCCUCAGCCUUUCACAGCAAAAAUCUAUCAUCUGAUCCUUUGGAUGGAUUUCAAUCUUCUAAUUCAUCACAGACUGUUAAGCAAAAUAAAAUCCACAGAAGAAGUGUUCAACAUCAAAGAAGUCAUACAGGGGAGAAUGCUCUUUCAUGCUCAGAAUGUGGGAAAUGUUGUAAAUCUAAAUCAGAUCUUAUUAGACAUCAGAGAACUCACACAGGGGAGAAGCCAUUUUCAUGUUCAGAAUGUGAAAAACAUUUUAACUCUAAAUCACAUCUUGUUAGACAUCAGAGAAUUCACACAGGGGAGAAGCCAUUUUCAUGUUCAGAAUGUGGAAAAUUGUUUACUGAUAAAUCAACUAUUCGUAAACAUCAGAGAAUUCACACAGGGGAGAAGCCAUUUUCUUGUUUAGAAUGUGGGAAAUGUUUUACUGAUAAAUCAACAAUUCGUAAACAUCAGAGAAUUCACACAGGGGAGAAACCAUUUUCUUGUUUAGAAUGUGGGAAAUCUUACACACAGAAAUCAUAUCUUACUAUACAUCAGAGAACUCACACGGGGGAGAAGCCAUUUUCUUGUUUACAAUGUGGGAAAGCUUACACAGAGAAAUCAAAUCUUGUUAAACAUCAGAGAAUUCACACUGGAAAGAAGCGAUUUUAAUGUUCAGAAUGUGAUAACUAGAGAUGAGCGAACUUUUGAAGAAUUAAUUUCUGCAGCUUGGUCAGAGUUCAACAAGAAAUUUG